GUGAAAAUGUCAGUUCUCAUAUCACAGAGCGUAAUAAAUUACGUAGAAGAAGAAAACAUUCCUGCUCUGAAAGCUCUUCUUGAAAAAUGCAAGGAUGUAGAUGAGAGAAAUGAGUGUGGCCAGACUCCAUUGAUGAUAGCUGCUGAACAAGGCAAUCUGGAAAUAGUGAAAGAAUUAAUUAAGAAUGGAGCUAAUUGCAAUCUGGAAGAUUUGGAUAACUGGACAGCACUUAUAUCAGCGUCAAAAGAAGGGCACCUGCACAUUGUGGAAGAACUGCUUAAAUGUGGGGCUAACCUGGAGCACCGUGAUAUGGGAGGAUGGACAGCUCUUAUGUGGGCAUGUUAUAAAGGCCGUACUGAAGUGGUUGAGUUGCUUCUUUCUCAUGGUGCCAAUCCAAGUGUUACUGGUCUGUACAGUGUUUACCCAAUCAUCUGGGCAGCAGGGAGAGGCCAUGCAGAUAUAGUGCAACUUUUACUGCAAAAUGGUGCUAAAGUCAACUGCUCCGAUAAGUAUGGAACCACCCCGUUGGUUUGGGCUGCACGAAAGGGUCAUCUGGAAUGUGUAAAACAUUUAUUGGCUAUGGGAGCUGAUGUUGAUCAAGAAGGAGCUAAUUCAAUGACUGCACUUAUUGUGGCAGUGAAAGGAGGCUACACACAGUCAGUAAAAGAAAUUUUGAAGAGGAAUCCAAAUGUAAAUUUAACCGAUAAGGAUGGAAAUACAGCUUUGAUGAUUGCAUCAAAGGAGGGACAUACAGAAAUUGUACAGGAUCUACUUGAUGCUGGAACAUAUGUGAACAUACCUGAUAGGAGUGGAGAUACUGUUUUAAUUGGCGCUGUCAGAGGUGGUCAUGUGGAAAUUGUUCGAGCACUCCUUCAAAAAUAUGCUGAUAUAGACAUUAGAGGACAGGACAAUAAAACUGCUUUGUAUUGGGCUGUUGAGAAAGGAAAUGCAACAAUGGUGAGAGAUAUCUUACAGUGCAACCCUGACACUGAAAUAUGCACAAAGGAUGGUGAAACACCUCUUAUAAAGGCUACCAAGAUGAGAAAUAUAGAAGUAGUAGAGCUGCUGCUGGAUAAAGGAGCGAAAGUAUCUGCCGUAGAUAAGAAAGGAGACACUCCUUUGCAUAUUGCUAUUCGUGGGAGGAGUCGGAAACUGGCAGAACUUCUUUUAAGAAAUCCCAAAGAUGGACGGUUACUUUAUAGGCCCAACAAAGCAGGCGAGACUCCCUACAACAUUGACUGUAGCCAUCAGAAAAGUAUUUUAACUCAAAUAUUUGGAGCAAGGCACUUGUCUCCUACGGAAACAGAUGGUGACAUGCUUGGUUAUGAUUUGUAUAGCAGUGCCCUGGCAGAUAUUCUCAGUGAACCUACCAUGCAGCCGCCCAUUUGUGUGGGGCUGUAUGCACAGUGGGGAAGUGGGAAAUCCUUCUUGCUCAAGAAACUAGAAGAUGAAAUGAAAACCUUUGCAGGACAACAGAUUGAACCUCUUUUUCAGUUUUCAUGGCUUAUAGUAUUUCUGACCCUGCUCCUUUGUGGAGGGCUUGGUUUAUUGUUUGCUUUUACGAUUGACCCAAAUCUUGGAAUAGCGGUGUCAUUGAGCAUCUUGGCUCUCUUAUAUAUAUUUUUUAUUGUCGUUUACUUUGGUGGACGAAGGGAAGGAGAGAAUUGGAAUUGGGCCUGGGUCCUCAGUACUAGAUUGGCAAGACAUAUUGGGUAUUUGGAGCUCCUCCUCAAAUUGAUGUUUGUGAAUCCGCCUGAAUUGCCAGAGCAAACCACUAAAGCUUUACCUGUGAGGUUUUUGUUUACAGAUUAUAAUAGGUUGUCCAGUGUAGGUGGAGAAACAUCAAUGGCUGAAAUGAUUGCCACCCUCUCGGAUGCUUGUGAAAGAGAGUUUGGCUUUUUGGCAACCAGGCUUUUCCGAGUAUUCAAGACUGAAGAUACGCAGGGUAAAAACAAAUGGAAAAAAACGUGUUGUCUCCCAUCUUUUGUCAUCUUCCUUUUUAUCUUUGGCUGCAUUAUUGCUGGAAUUACUCUUCUGGCUAUAUUCAGAGUGGACCCAAAGCAUCUGACAGUGAAUGCCAUCCUCAUAUCAGUUGCGUCGAUAGUGGGAUUGGCCUUUGUGCUGAAUUGUCGUACAUGGUGGCAGGUGCUGGACUCUCUCCUGAAUUCUCAAAGAAAACGCCUCCAUAAUGCUGCCUCCAAACUGCACAAAUUGAAAAGUGAAGGAUUCAUGAAAGUUCUUAAGUGUGAAGUGGAAUUGAUGGCCCGGAUGGCAAAAACCAUUGACAGCUUCACUCAGAAUCAGACAAGGCUGGUGGUUAUCAUCGACGGGCUGGAUGCCUGUGAGCAGGACAGAGUACUCCAGAUGCUGGACACCGUCCGAGUUCUGUUUUCAAAAGGCCCAUUCAUUGCUAUUUUUGCAAGUGAUCCACAUAUUAUAAUAAAGGCAAUUAACCAGAACCUCAACAGCGUGCUUCGUGACUCAAACAUCAAUGGACAUGACUAUAUGCGCAACAUAGUUCAUCUGCCUGUUUUCCUCAAUAGUCGUGGACUAAGCAGUGCAAGAAAAUUUCUUGUAACUUCAACAGCUAAUGGAGAUAUUCCGUGCCCGGAAAAUACAGGGUUGCAGGAAGAUGCUGACAGGAGAGUUUCACAAAACAGCCUUGGAGAGAUGACAAAACUUGGUAGUAAGACGGCCCUUAAUAGACGGGAUACUUACCGAAGAAGACAGAUGCAGCGCACGAUUACUCGGCAGAUGUCCUUUGAUCUUACAAAACUGCUGGUUACAGAGGACUGGUUCAGUGACAUAAGUCCUCAGACCAUGAGAAGAUUACUUAAUAUUGUUUCUGUGACAGGGCGAUUACUGAGAGCCAAUCAGAUAAGUUUCAACUGGGACAGGCUUGCCAGCUGGAUCAACCUUACUGAGCAGUGGCCAUACCGAACUUCUUGGCUCAUAUUAUAUUUGGAAGAGACUGAAGGUAUUCCAGAUCAAAUGACAUUAAAAACCAUCUAUGAAAGAAUAUCAAAGAAUAUUCCAACAACUAAAGAUGUUGAGCCACUCCUGGAAAUAGAUGGAGAUAUAAGAAAUUUUGAAGUGUUUUUGUCUUCAAGGACCCCAGUUCUUGUGGCUCGAGAUGUAAAAACCUUUUUGCCAUGCACUGUAAAUCUAGACCCCAAACUACGGGAAAUAAUUGCAGAUGUUCGAGCUGCAAGAGACCAGAUUAAUAUCGGAGGACUUGCGUAUCCCCCGCUACCUCUGCACGAAGCUCCCCCUAGACCACCGUCGGGCUACAGUCAGCCUGCGUCGGCCUGCUCUUCUUCCGCCUCCUUCACUGCCCCGUUUGGAGGAGGGGUUGUGUCACCACAGCCUCAUAGCAGCUAUUACAGUGGUAUGACGGGGCCCCAGCAUCCGUUCUACAACAGGCCAUUCUUUGCCCCUUACCUUUACACGCCAAGGUACUACCCUGGCGGCUCCCAACAUCUCAUCUCACGUCCAUCAGUAAAAACGAAUUUGCCCAGAGAUCAGAGCAAUGGCCUAGAGGUUAUCAAGGAGGAUGCUGCUGAGGGGCUUUCUUCACCCACAGACUCCUCGAGGGGAUCAGGCCCAGCCUCAGGAACAAUAUCACUGAAUUCAAUGAAUGUGGAUGCGGUUUGUGAGAAACUGAAACAAAUAGAAGGGCUGGACCAGAGCAUGCUGCCUCAGUAUUGUGCGACCAUCAAGAAGGCAAACAUAAAUGGCCGUGUGUUAGCUCAGUGUAACAUUGAUGAACUGAAGAAGGAAAUGAAUAUGAAUUUUGGAGACUGGCAUCUUUUUAGGAGCACAGUACUAGAAAUGAGAAAUGCAGAAAACCAGGUGGUCCCUGAGGACCCACAUUUACUGAAUGAAAACAGCAGCUCAGCUCCUCGCGGUGAAUCUGCGCACCGCUCGUCACACGAGUUGCCUCACACUGAGCUCUCCAGUCAGACUCCCUACACACUGAACUUCAGCUUUGAAGAGCUGAACACACUCGGCCUGGAUGAAGGGGCUCCACGUCACAGUAACCUAAGUUGGCAGUCACAAACUCGCAGAACCCCAAGUCUAUCGAGUCUCACUUCCCAGGAUUCCAGUAUUGAAAUCUCGAAGCUUACCGAUAAGGUGCAGGCUGAGUAUAGAGAUGCCUAUAGAGAAUACAUUGCCCAGAUGUCUCAGUUAGAAGGGGGCACGGGCUCCACAACAGUGAGUGGCAGGUCUUCUCCACACAGCACAUAUUACAUGGGUCAGAGCUCUUCCGGGGGCUCCAUUCACUCUAAUCCAGAACCAGAGAAAGGGAGGGAUAAUGAACCAAAGGCAGAUGAUGGAAGGAAGUCAUUUUUAAUGAAGAGAGGAGAUGUUAUAGAUUAUUCCUCAUCAGGAGUUUCCACUAACGAUGCCUCACCCCUGGAUCCUAUCACUGAAGAAGAUGAAAAAUCUGAUCAGUCAGGCAGCAAGCUUCUCCCAAGCAAGAAGUCCUCAGAAAGGUCAGGUCUCUUCCAGACAGAUUUGAAGCUGAAGGGAGGUGGGCUGCGCUAUCAGAAACUUCCAAGUGAUGAAGAUGAGUCUGGGACAGAAGAAUCAGACAAUACUCCACUGCUCAAAGAUGACAGAGACAAAAAAGCUGAAGGGAAAGUAGAGAGAGUGUUGAAGUCUCCAGAACACAGCACGGAGCCUAUUAGAACCUUCAUUAAGGCAAAAGAGUAUUUAUCAGAUGCCCUCCUUGACAAAAAGGACUCAUCUGAUUCGGGAGUGAGAUCCAAUGAGAGCUCUCCCAAUCACUCCCUUCACAAUGAAGCAGCUGAUGACUCCCAGCUUGAAAAGGCAAAUCUCAUAGAGCUCGAAGAUGACAGCCACAGUGGAAAACGGGGAAUACCGCAUAGCUUGAGUGGCCUGCAAGACCCACUUGUAGCGCGGAUGUCCAUUUGUUCAGAAGACAAGAAAAGCCCUUCCGAAUGCAGCUUGAUAGCCAGCAGCCCUGAAGAAAACUGGCCAGCGUGCCACAAAGCCUACAACCUGAAUCGCACACCCAGCACUGUGACUCUGAACAACAACAGUGCUCCAGCUAAUAGAGCCAACCAGAAUUCUGAUGAAAUGGAGGGGCUAAGGGAGACGCCCCAAGUCAUUUUGAGGUCUGCUUCCAGUUCCCACUCAACUGCCAUUCAGAAUGAGAAUCUAAAAAGCAUGACGCAUAAGAGAAGCCAGCGUUCAAGUUAUAUGAGGCUCUCAAAAGAUUCUUCAGAGCUGCACGCAGUAGCCUCUUCUGAUAGUACAGGCUUUGGAGAAGAAAGAGAAAGCAUUCUUUAA